AAAGUCGCCGCAGUUGCGUCUCCUGCUUCCCGCUCCCGCCCGAGGCCAGCAGCUCCUCAGAGUCCGGGUGGCCAAGGAGGGGCCCGCGGGGCAGCCGCCGGCACCGCGCACCGAGCACCGCGCACCGAGCAUCGAGCACCGCGCACCGAGCACCCCGCACCGCGCCCCGAGCCCCGAGCACCGCGCCCCCGCCCGGCCUGCCCUGCACUCCCAGCUCUGCCUCCGGGGCGUCUGGCGUUCUGUCUGGCCACCUCCAGCUCUGCUUCGUGCCUCUAUUUAUUCUCUAUCAAUACUUGAUCAGAGGAAAAGGAAAGUUUUUAAAAAUGCCGAUUGCACAGUUGCUGGAACUAUGGAAAAAGAUAGAGGUGGAGCCUAUGGAAAUAGAGAUCACUGAGGAGGAUGUUAACCUGGAUGCAGAGCCCACUUCGGAGGACACUGCGGAAGAAGGCAAGAGUGACACCAGCUUCCCCGAGGGGAAGCCAGCUGCGUCAGCGGAGGAAGAAGGCAUCGUCAAGGAGAUUGACAUCAGCCACCAUGUGAAGGAAGGAUUUGAAAAGGCAGACCCUUCCCAGUUUGAACUGCUGAAAGUCUUAGGACAGGGAUCAUACGGGAAGGUGUUCCUGGUGAGGAAGAUCAAGGGGUCCGAUGCCGGCCAGCUCUACGCCAUGAAAGUCCUCAAGAAAGCGACACUGAAAGUCCGGGACCGAGUCCGAUCAAAGAUGGAAAGAGACAUCUUGGCAGAAGUGAAUCACCCUUUCAUUGUAAAGCUUCAUUACGCCUUUCAGACGGAAGGAAAGCUCUACCUGAUCCUGGACUUCCUGCGGGGAGGGGACCUCUUCACCAGACUCUCCAAGGAGGUGAUGUUCACAGAGGAGGACGUCAAGUUCUACCUGGCCGAGUUGGCCCUGGCGCUGGACCAUCUCCACGGGCUGGGGAUCAUCUACAGGGACCUGAAACCCGAGAACAUCCUCCUGGAUGAAGAGGGACAUAUUAAAAUCACAGAUUUCGGCCUGAGUAAGGAGGCUAUCGACCACGACAAGAGGGCCUACUCCUUCUGUGGGACCAUCGAGUACAUGGCACCCGAGGUGGUGAACCGGAGGGGGCACACUCAGAGUGCCGACUGGUGGUCCUUCGGCGUGCUCAUGUUUGAGAUGCUCACGGGGUCCCUGCCGUUCCAGGGGAAGGACCGGAAGGAGACCAUGGCCCUCAUCCUCAAAGCCAAGCUGGGCAUGCCUCAGUUCCUCAGCGCCGAGGCUCAGGGUUUGCUGCGAGCUCUCUUCAAGCGGAAUCCCUGCAACCGGCUGGGUGCUGGCAUUGAUGGAGUAGAGGAAAUUAAGCGUCAUCCUUUCUUUGUUACCAUAGACUGGAACAAGCUGUACCGGAAGGAGAUCAAGCCUCCAUUCAAGCCAGCAGUGGGCAGGCCUGAGGACACCUUCCACUUUGACCCUGAGUUCACAGCACGGACACCCACAGACUCUCCAGGAGUGCCCCCAAGUGCCAACGCUCACCAUCUGUUUAGAGGAUUCAGUUUCGUGGCAUCAAGCCUGGUGCAGGAGCCCGCACAGCAAGGCCCACACAAAGUUCCGGUUCACCCAAUCGUGCAGCAAUUACAUGGGAACAACAUCCACUUCACUGAUGGCUACGAGAUCAAGGAGGAUAUCGGGGUGGGCUCCUACUCCGUGUGCAAGCGAUGUGUGCACAAGGCCACUGACACAGAGUAUGCUGUGAAGAUCAUCGACAAGAGUAAAAGAGACCCCUCAGAAGAGAUCGAGAUUCUCCUGAGGUACGGCCAGCACCCGAACAUCAUCUCCCUCAAGGACGUCUAUGACGAUGGCAAGUACGUAUACCUGGUGAUGGAGCUGAUGCGUGGCGGGGAGCUCCUGGACCGAAUUCUUCGGCAGAGAUGCUUCUCGGAGCGCGAGGCCAGCGACGUGCUGUGCACCAUCGCCAAGACCAUGGACUACCUGCACUCUCAGGGGGUGGUCCAUCGAGAUCUGAAGCCGAGUAACAUUCUGUACAUGGAUGAGUCUGGAAACCCUGAAUCCAUCCGCAUCUGCGACUUUGGGUUUGCCAAGCAGCUGAGAGCAGAGAACGGGCUGCUGAUGACACCGUGCUACACGGCCAACUUCGUGGCCCCAGAGGUUCUGAAGCGUCAGGGCUAUGAUGCAGCCUGCGACGUCUGGAGCUUGGGGAUCCUACUGUACACCAUGCUGGCAGGAUUUACCCCAUUUGCAAACGGACCAGAUGAUACCCCUGAGGAGAUCUUGGCGCGGAUCGGCAGUGGGAAAUACGCCCUUUCCGGGGGAAACUGGGACUCAAUAUCGGAUGCAGCAAAAGAUGUCGUGUCCAAGAUGCUCCACGUGGACCCCCAUCAGCGCCUCACUGCGGUGCAGGUGCUCAGACACCCGUGGAUUGUCAACAGGGAGUACCUGUCCCAAAACCAGCUCAGCAGACAAGACGUGCACCUGGUGAAGGGUGCCAUGGCCGCCACCUACUUUGCCCUGAACAGAACACCUCAGGCUCCGCGGCUGGAGCCAGUGCUGUCAUCCAACCUGGCCCAGCGCCGGGGCAUGAAGAGGCUCACGUCCACCAGGCUGUAGCAGGCAGGACAGCAGCCGCCAGCUCCUAGCGACCCGCCAAGCGUCCUCUCCGACUCACAGACACAGGCUGAAGCUCCCGUUCACAGGCCAGAGUGACCUCACGUGGGAUGUGGAGUGGAGCUGGCUUUGCCGUGUCUGUGCUUCUCUCGCAGCCCUGGAGAGGAUCCGGAGCCCUCUGAAGCCUCACCUGCCUCCCGCACCUGCGCCUCCUCCUCCAUACCCUCCCCUGCGAGCUCAGUCACUCCUGGCGCCAUGUAGGGCCUGCAGGGGUCUCUGGGAACCUCUAAGCCUUCUCGUGUCAUGGCUUAUGUUUGUAUGGAGAGAUUAUUUUCCAGGUGUGAGGCCCAUAAGUACAUGGGCCAGCCCCAGUUAUGCAGGCCGUGCCGGUGGGGAGGGAGGGUUGUGCAGUCUGGAUGAGGCCAGAGGUGUCCAGGCGCUCGGCCACCUCCCUGGGCUGGGGGUAGGCCCCUGGCCCCAUCCAGAAUAAUCCAAAGAGCCACUUCCUUAUUGCCCUCUGAUUUUUUGACUCGGGAUGAGGGAAAGCCCGAUCUGGAAUCAGGAUAGCCUCAAAGGCAGCAGGUCACAGGAUAAGGGAGUCGGGCGAGGGCACACCCUCUGUGCCCUGUCCUGCCCUGGUGGUCUAAUGGCUCCUGGGGGCUCCUGAGAGCUCAGGUGCUGACGCUCGCCGAGCUCCUGGGUGGCCCCGUGUGUGCUUCCCGAGGCCGUGGUUUUGCUGUGUUCACCUUCAGCUUUCUGGUCUCCAGAAGAACUGUGAGCCUUGGAGAAGCUGAGCUUUGUUUCCUCCUGUGGAUCUUUCUCCAACAGGGGCAGGGGAAGGGGAACGGACAGUGCAAGACGUGCUGUGGACGGGGCGAUGCGCCUCGAGGGCCUGUGGCUGUGGGCGGGGCGAUGCGCCUCGUGGGCCUGUGGCUGUGGACGGGGCGAUGCGCCUCGUGGGCCUGUGGCUGUGGACGGGGCGAUGCGCCUCGUGGGCCUGUGGCUGUGGACGGGGCGAUGCGCCUCGUGGGCCUGUGGCUGUGGACGGGGCGAUGCGCCUCGGCCUGUGGUUUUAUGUUGCGUUUGUGUUUCUGCUGCACAGAUUUGUCUGAGACAGACCGUUCCGCGGUAUUGUGGAUUUCCCUGGUGUGCUGUGCACACGGCGUGGGGUGGCAGACUGCCUUGCUGUGCUUGCCUUUGUUGAGGGAAGGGCAGGAGGACGUGUCCUGGUGGCAGGCGCCCCAGAGUGCCUGGCCCUCGAAGAGCAGCCAGCAAGGUCUGGGAGGCACUUGUUGGUCACAGCCAGGUUUUCACAGAUAUUUUAAUGCUUUUUCCUUCCUUCUCCAGUCACUCCAGUGCCCACCCAACCCUCCCCCCAAAAAGUGCAGCACUCUGAAAAAUAACUCCUUAGCUUGGUCUAAUUGUUGUCAAAUCUUAAAAUAUAACCUUAUUUCAGGAGCUUUAUUAUUCCCUGAGGAUUUUCUCAGAGAACCACAAAGAAUAAAAGGUGAGGGACAGAUAAUACACCUGUUUUCCUGCAGUGCCCACUGGGUUUUUCUCAGUAGAAAAUGCUUUUUCUUGAAACUAAAGUAACUUCUCCUCGUGACAGUUUUGUUUCUUAGGUCUGAAUUAUUUCAUUUCUUAUUCGAAACUUAGGGAAAAGUAAAUAGUCCUUAAGUCAGUCUUCUCUCCGAGACAUGAACAAAGUCAUUUCUGAUUCUGCCCAGAGCCCAAGGCCGGCUUUGUCUGCAUGUUUGUUUGUGGCUUCAAGUCCUGAGAUGGAGGCGGGAGGAGGCAGAAGCAUCGCCUGGAGACGGCUGUCCCUCCCCCAUGUGUUCACAGGCUCGCGCCAUUGCUCCUUCUCAGUAACACCUGCUCACACAGCCUUACCUUCUGAACUAAACGUGCCAAAGGGACCCAGAGGCUCAGCACCACACCACCCUGUCCUUCCGCCUGCUCAAUAUGUGUCAGCGGCGGACGGCAUCCCCGUCCCCGCCGCGCUGAGUGUCUGUAAAUACCUCUCCUUCCCACCUUUAUCCAGAACAAACUGAUACUUGAAAUCCUUCAAAGAGAGUCAGCCUAAGAUGCUAGGAUGUCAUAUUUUAAACUAAGCUUCCAAAAAUCCUGAGUGAACUAGCCAGGGCCUGUGCUGUUCCCACAGCGGUCCAGGUGUGGAAGAAGGUGUCAUUACAAUUUGCACUUGGCGGAAGCCACACCUAGUGCAGGGCUCUGUGUGAUUUGCACAAAUGAUAGGGACUCUCUGAGAAGGUUACAGAGCUCUGCUUGCUCACUCAGAUAAUCACUCCCCUCUGGAUCAGAAAACCACAGCGUUCACAAGAAGACAAGCGAGCCCAGAUCUCAGGCUUCCUACCCUGCCCCACGGUCCCUGCAGGGCACCACUAUAGGAUCCUCCCCCACUGGCAGCCCCCAGUGUGGGAGAAACGCUUGACUUUGCCCCAUAAGCAAGGGGGCUUUUUGCUGAUUCCACCCCCAAAGUUGAACGUGGGCAAGAGGUGAGGAUUUCACUUGUAUCCUUAAGUCAGAUCUGUGCGUGAUUUUAAACUAACUCCAUGUGUGUUGAUGUUUGGAAGAUUGUUUGACUUCUAAUGUGAUAAUAGUACUUACCGUGAGCCAGUAUUGUUAAUUAAAUGGUGUUAUUCCUAAAGCCGCACGUUGGGGUUUUGACCUUACGCUUCACAUGAUAGGAUUUGAUUUGCACUCUGUUUAUUUCUGACAUGGUUUUGUCACCCCUCACCUUGCCAAGAGUCGGGCACACUGAGGAUUGAGAAGGACACUGCAGGUUCCUGAGCGGUGAGGAGGGCAGGAAGGCCCGGCGGCCGCAGAGCAAAGGACGCGCCUCCCUGCCCAGCUCUUCCGACUCGGUACUUUGUUUACAAGCUCGGCAGUUAUGUUUACAGACCAUGUUCAUGUUCACGCUUUACAUUUCAUGUUGGAGAUGGGCGGCCACUGUACAGAUAUUUAUUAUGCUUUCCAGACUUUCUGAAUAGAUUUUUUUGAAUAAACAUGGUUUUAUGAAGUG